AUGAAGAUAUUUCUCAAAUUACCUAAAGAAAUUCUAGUAUUAAUUAUCAGAUUCAUAAAUGAUAAGUCAAAAAUUUUGGAAUUAGCUACAAUUCUUCCUUUAAGAAACUUAGCUUUGGAAGUAAUAUUUUCAACGUAUCAUGUUGUUCGAAAUUGUAAAAAUGGUGGUGAUGGAUGUAUUGAAAUUUUGAAAUCACUUUAUCAUCAAUAUAAAUUUAAACCUUUCAAAAUCAUUGGUGAGAUUUGGAUUAUUAAUGAAUUACUUAAUUUUGGAAAAUCAGGAUCAAUAACCAUGAUUCCAGAUUGUCAUAGAGAUUAUUCAGAUGCUGUUGAUUAUAGUAUGAGUAAAUUUGAGAUUUUAAUAGAACGAUUUAAUAAUUCUUUUGAAUUGGAAAAAAUUAUGAAUCAUGUGAAUGUUGUUGGAAUUGAUAUGUUGUAUGGUGAAUCGGGUUGUCCUGCUGAUAAAGAUAUUGAAGCUCAUUCUUAUUUAAAAGCCUUCAAAUCAACUAAUUUGGAAUCAUUACGUACUACUUAUGAAGCAUCAUUCAAGGUUGAAUUUCCUACAUCUUUGAAGCACUUGAAUUUGCAUUUUGAAGAAAAUGAAGCAAUAAAAUUAGAUUUAGGAACAUUGGUAAGUCUUGAAUAUUUCGAAUGUAAAAAUCUUUUUGGUAUGGUAUCGUUAAAGGAUCUCAACUUUUCCAAUUCAAUUAAAGGGUUAAAACUUUAUUCAUGUGGUUUUGAAAAAUUAGGAAAUAUAAAAAGCUUGAAUAGAUUAAAAAUGCUUCUGAUUUUUGGAUGUGAAAAUUUGAUUGAUUUUAUUAAGUGCCCCUUUCCGGAUUCAUUAAGUUAUAUUGAUUAUGAUCAUUGUGUUUCCGCUUCAAAAGUUACUGAGUUAUAUGAAAGUGCUAAGAAUGGUUUGGUUCAACAAUUCGAUCUAUUUGAUUUUUCAGAUGAUGGGACUUCAUUCUACCUUGGUCCUAAUAUAAAUUUCCCAAAAAAUCUACAAACUUUAUAUAUUUCCGAUCUGACAAAGACUUUAGAAUUAGGUUCUGAGUUAAAACUUAAAAAUGUUGAUGUUUUGCAAUUGAAACACAUUCCUAAAAUAGAUUUAACUGGACUUUUAGCUUCUUUGCCAAAAGUAAUGUCUGGAUUAUUAAUUUGUGGAUCAUUGAUUUCAACUUUUGAAGGUAUAGCUUUAUUUCCAGAUUUGGCUACACUUCAACUUGAACAGAAUGUAUUUGAAAAUAUAUUUAGAACAAAUAUAGAUGAAUUAAAAAACUUGUCAAUUUUAAAACUUAAACAUAAUAUUUCAAUCCAAUCAGAAGAAGAUAUCAGAAUUGAUCCUUUUCAAUUGUUACUGAUUGAUGAUUCCAUUUCAACCAUGAUUCAAGCUUCAGAAACCUUUGAAACAAAAUUUAAUGAGAAAUCAGAUAUCGUAAAUUUGAGAAUGCAAAAAAUGAUGAAUUUAGCUUUAGUUCAAACUACUCACAUAGAAUUGGAUCCCAACACUUUUAAUAUAAUUGAUCCGAAUAUAUCUCAAGUGUCUUUUAUUGGUUGUGAAAAUUUAAAGUUCCUCACUCUUUUUGGAUUAGAUAUUGAAGUUUUAAAAAUUAAUCAUUUUCCACUAUCUUUAGAAUAUUUAACAAUUCAACAACUCGAAUUACAAUCAGUUGAAGGUAAUUUUGGAAAUUUAAUCAAAUUAAAAGAAUUAAUACUAAGAGAAAAUGGAAUAGAUGAUUCAAUGUUAUCAAGUCAAACAUUUCCAAUAAGUUUGAAAACAUUAGAUUUAUCCAAAAAUGAAAUUAAUGAUUUAAAUUGUUUGAAAUUGAAUAUUUGUGUUAAUUUGGAAAAUUUAUUUUUGUAUGAAGUUGCAACACAAGUUGACCAAAAAGGAGCAAAUGAAUUGAAAGAAUUAUUUUUUAAGUUAACAGCUUCAAGAAAAACUUAUCAUAUUGCUUUAAGUACUAGAUAUGAAUAUGUUAUAUAUGAAAUUAUUGAUGGGGCUAAUCAUACCCAUAAUCAUCACUCCCUAUAUAAUGAUGAAGAUUAUAGUUAUUAUCGUUAUAAUUGGGACUGA